GUUGAAAGGGAUCGAGAGGGAGCGCACCAGUAUGUCGGCAGCAAAAGUUAGAGGCUGCUAACAUUAGCAUUAGUAAUGAAACUUAGGGUGACAAUAACUGCGUUGUGAGAGUGUGUAAAGCCGUGACAGGACUUAUAUUAGUAAACAUGGAGAUUUAUAGAGAAGAGGAGGAGAUUCCGGAUCCUCAUAUGUUCAGAACUGUUUUAGGGAUGUUUGAAGGACGUCCUCAUAUGCAAAGAAUAAUAAGAUGUGGCCUUCUUGGUGUUGACUACGAUGACGAUCUAGACGACCCAGGCAAUGAUGAUUAUGUUAGUUGGAGUCAUGAUUUCCAUAGAUACCCUGCAAACCGCCUGAGGUCAUCCAGCGCUGUAUAUCAGCCUGUAUACUCUUCAGCCCGUAAUUCUUCUUGCCCGUCCCCUGUAAGAUUUCAGACAAAGGAGCGCGAUGCUGAGAGAAAAGCCAGAUUAUUAGAAGAAUCUAAAAAAAUGAAAGACAAGGCUGAGAAGAAGCGGCUUAAGAAACGGAAACAGAAGGAAAGGAAACGUCUCGAGAAGCUGGAGAAGGACAAGCUGAACCCUGAAAAAAACGAGGAGGGAAAAGAUGAUGCAGAGGAGGGUAAAGCCGUUAAUGAUGAACACAAAGCCAAUAACAAUACUAGUGUUAAACCGCAGGCCUCAGCCAAAGAUACAGACAGCAGUGACAGUAGCGAUGUUUCCAGUGAUGAAGACUGCAACUCCAAGAACGACUCAGGCGACUCAGAGGAACUUGAUAUGACGAGUAGUUUUGUAAGAAAAGCUGCUCUUAUAGCCAUGCAUAAACUGGAGCAGAAGCCUAAACUGGAGAAGAAGGAGAAAAAGAAGAUGCCAGAAAAAGAAGAAUACAAAACAGGCCCUGAAAAAUCACAGCUAUUUGGAAAUCGGUCCUUCUGUUUUGAGAAGUUGCAAGAAUACGAGAAGGCGUUAAUGGAUGCAGAGUUGUCGCUUGGCAUAUGUCCAGGUUGGGAUAAAGGCCUGUAUAGGAAGGGAAGAGCUCUGGCUGGUCUAAAGAGGUAUGAGGAAGCUGCCCUGGCCUUCACGGAAGUUCUCAAACUGGACAGUUCGUGUGCAGAAGCUGCGCAGGAGCUGAUGCGUGUGCAGAUAACACAGCUAAUGGAGUUCGGUUUUACUCGAGAGCAGAGCUCAAAUGCUUUAAUAAUUCAUGGGACGGUUAAAAAAUCACUAGAAGUGCUGUCUAAGUUAAACGAUCGACCAGGAGCUCUUCUGAACGGCUCUCUCCCACCUGUUCAAGUAGCAAAUGUCACUGGAGUGUCUCCAAUCCUUUCAGCCAACACAAUCGCUGCACCUGCUGCCGCUGUGCGUCCUCCUGCUCAGUCCAAGGAUGCGCUGAAAAAAACACUUAUGAACAAACCUUUGGGCGCAGUCCAGAAUACAUCUGCUGCUCAGAGUCAAUCAAAGCCUAUUCUUACUCAGCCCAUGAAGGCCAGCAACGGCGUUAAUCGACCACCACUGGAGCUGUUUCCAGUUUGGGUGGGAAACUUGAAUUUCCCAGUAACUGACUCCAUGCUUGCAAACCUGUUUAACAAGGUCGGGGUCGUCUACAGCGUCAAGGUUUUGACUGCCAAACGAUGUGCCUUUGUUAACUAUACAAAACAAGAACAUUGUGAUGAAGCAAUCCGACGUUUUCAUGGCUCUGAGCUGAAUCACAACAAGCUUGCUGUCAGGUAUCCGGACAGGAUUCCUGCAGGCUUGGGUAUUUCCAGAUCUGCCCUGAGAGCUGAUGACCUGCCAGAUUAGAACGUGAGGCAUAACGAGAACAGCCAAAGGACAGUACGUCCUUAGAAACUCAUCCCCGACCACAGAGGGGACUACUGAAUGAAGACCCAGCUGCUACUUGGCCUGAAUGUUGUUUUCAAUAAAUACUUCUUGUCCAAUACAGACUAAUCAACAGUAUCUACAGGUUCUCCUGUUGUAAUAGCUUUAUGUAAAAUUACCUGGUAAGUUAUGUCUGAAAAUAUCGUGUUAUUGCAAGGUGAUAAAUCCAGAUGUUAACAAAAGCUUCAUGUUGCCAAAAUUUUCAGUCUGACAAUUACAUGGAAGGGUUGGGUAUGUAUUUUAAAUGUUAGUAUUCAGAAAAAAACAGUAUAUAAUUUACAUAUUUGUUUAUUUAAAGUCUGCGGAUUAGUCUAAGACUGCAGAGCAGGCUUACAGCUAAGCACGCCAGUCUGUUUCAGUAAACAAGUAAAUUUGAGUGUUAAUUAAAAAGUUGUUCUGUGGACAAUUUUUGAGUCAUGCAAGUAACAUUGGUCAUCAAAUACAGUAUUACAUUGGCUCUGAACAUAAUUUCUUUUAAACAUGUUAAGCAGCAGGAAUCCCUCAAGUUUUGUUUAUGUUGAAAUACUUAAUAUAUAGAGCCUAAACAUAUGUUCAAUUAAGGCCUGUGGUCAGCCGGUUUUCCAAAAUUAUCUGUAGUCAUUAUGGUCAUCCAUAAUUCUUAUUAUACAUUUACUAUAAGCUUAAUACAGCUCUAUAACACAAGCAUUAUGCUGUUUCAUUGCUCCUAGUUUAUUUUUACCUGAAACGUGUCUUAAAUGAAAAACCUCAAGGGUUGAAAUGCCAUUGCACAUUUUUUUAAAAAUAUAUAUAAGUCCUCAAAUUGUGAAGGUUGUUCUUAAUCCAACAAUUAAAGUUUCUUUAUACUCUGGA